AUGCAGAUCUUCGUCAAGACCCUUACGGGGAAGACCAUCACCCUUGAGGUGGAGUCUUCCGACACCAUCGACAAUGUCAAGGCCAAAAUUCAAGACAAGGAGGGCAUCCCCCCGGACCAGCAGCGAUUGAUCUUCGCUGGUAAGCAGCUCGAGGAUGGCCGCACCCUCAGCGACUACAACAUCCAGAAGGAGUCGACACUUCACUUGGUCCUCCGGUACGUUCGCAGAUUCUGGUGCGAAGUUGGAUAG